AUGAAUGAUACGAAUGGUCAGAAUGAAGGACAAGAAGCCAUUCAAGAUGAAGAGCUCGACGGUCAAGAACCGGGGGAGACGGAUACUGAUCAAGAGCAAGACCCGGAGCAAGGCAACGAGACAGACCCCGAGUUCUCGUCCGCGUUAGAAGACGCGCUGCAGCACGAGGACGUGUCGUCGACCGUGCUUCUUUCGCACAGGGUCCCCAAUCGCAUGGGCUACCUUGUCUCUCCCAUCUCUCCAACCACCUCCUCCGCCUCCCAACUCGAUCUUAUAACGAAGGGCGCUGAGAACGACUCGCUCUCUCCUCCCCUUGCUGGCAUUCGCCGCAGUCACAGCAUCAGCGAGACGAGCAAGUCGGAACUGCAUCCGUUCCCCUGCCCGCAGUCACAUGGCUCUGGCUUCGGGUGUUCCUGUAACGGUGCCUUGGCUAUCCUGCUUCCGGAGUUUCAGCUUUCUGGACGGCUGGAGGAGGAGGAGGAGAAUGUUU